AUGGUGCGUCUAAGGGAAAUUCCCCGAACAGCCACAUUUACCUGGUCUCCCGGGUCAGCUGCUCCGUUCAUUGCUACCGGCACGCGUGCGGGCGCAGUUGACGCCGAUUUUUCCAACGAGACAUUCCUCGAACUAUGGAACCUAGACCUGGAUAAUGAUAAGCUUGGAGCGGAAUUGGAGCCAGCAGCAAAAAUCAGUACAGAUUCUGGCGAUCCACUUAUAUCGAGCGCUUCCAAACACAGCGGGUCGAUCAAAACACUGCAAUUCAACCCAAGGCAUUCAAAUUUACUAGCUACAGGCGGAGGAAAGGGGGAGUUGUUCAUUUCCGAUCUUAAUAACGUUGACCAGCCGUUCCGACUAGGUAGCGCUGCUGCACGAGUUGAUGAUAUCGAAUGUCUUGAUUGGAAUAAAAAAGUACCUCAUAUUCUGGUGACCGGAAGUAGCGCGGGCUUCGUAACGGUGUGGGACGUCAAGACGAAGAAAGAAAGCUUGACUCUGAACAAUCUCGGUCGGAAGGCUGUCAGUGCCGUCGCCUGGGACCCUGAGAAGCCUACGAAACUAAUAACCUCUAUACCCCUGGAAACCGACCCCUUGAUCUUGGUUUGGGAUUUACGGAACUCCAACGCGCCGGAACGGGUACUACGGGGUCAUGAGUCCGGUGUACUCUCGCUUUCUUGGUGCACACAAGAUCCGGAUUUACUCCUAUCUUGUGGAAAGGAUAACAGAACCAUUUGCUGGAAUCCUCAGACUGGACACUCAUAUGGCGAAUUUCCAGUUGUUACAAACUGGACGUUCCAAACCCGAUGGAAUCCCCACAACCCUAAUAUGUUUGCCACAGCUUCAUUUGAUGGAAAGAUUGCCAUUCAAACCAUUCAGAACACAAGACAUGAUGCACCCCAAGCUGGAAAGAAUCAAGAACAAGCCGUGAAUGAUGAGGACUUCUUUGCAAAAGCCCAAACCCAGCCACAGAUCUCUACUUUCUCUCUUCCAAAAGCCCCCAAAUGGCUUGAGAGGCCAGUCACAGCUUCGUUUGGGUUUGGUGGCAGAGUUGUUUCGGUUGAGGAAGAGAAGGCUGACUGGAAAGUUAUCGAAACAUUACUUUCUGACAACCCGAGAAAACAAUUGAUCAAUUAUCUCGGGUUUUCAAACGAGGUAGACGAGGCUUCUGAUAGUCUCUCGAAGCUUGGUCUGGGAAAGACAGAGAUCAACGGCGACGAUCAGCUGUCUCCUAAAAGUGAAAGUGCUAGGAAGCAUAAGAGAAUAACUUCAAUCUUUGAUGGGACCUUUGAAGGAGAAAGUUUCCUCAAUGAAAUCGCGUCGUCAAAGGGAGCGAAAACCAAUAACCCGUUCCAGAUUUACACUGGGUCAGAAUCUGAAGCUGAUAGAGCGAUUACAAGAGCCCUAUUACUCGGCCAGUUCGAGAAAGCCUUAGAAGUGUGCCUUCAAGAAGAUCGAAUGUCUGAUGCAUUUAUGGUUGCAGUCUGCGGAGGCAAAAAUUGCAUCGAAAAGGUUCAAGAGGCGUACUUUUCGAAACAAUCGGACGGGCCUAGUUAUACCUUGUUAACUGGAAAGAAGCCAUGGCUGCGAUUUGCACGUUCGCGGAUGACAACGAAUUUCCUGAUCUCUGUGAGGCACUAG